AUGCAUUUCUUCUCUGCCACUCUUAUCACCCUUGCCGUUCUUGUUGGUCCUGUUUUCAGUGCACCGAACCCCCUGCGUGCCGUUGAGACCUACAGCGGUACAACCUCAGGGAAAUACAUCGUCAAAUUCAAGGCGGGCGUGUCUCGAAAGCAAUGGAUUAAGAAACUCGGUCUUUCCAAAGCUGUUGAUUGGCAGAGUGUCAACGGAAUAUCCAGCCAUCUCAAUACCGACGCUCUAAAUACUCUUAGAGCGUCUGACGAUGUUGAAUAUAUCUCUGAAGACGGAAUCAUGUAUACACAAGCCGUUCAGGAGGAUGCAACAUGGGGACUGCAGCGGAUUAGUUCGGUUGGCAAGAUUACGAAUACUACAAGACCCGCUACGGCCUUCACAUAUACGUACGACGACUCCGCCGGAGAAGGCGUGGAUAUUUACAUCGUCGACACUGAUUCACCAGGCGUUUUUGUCAACCACACACAAUUUGGUGGUCGAGCGACCUGGGGCCUUAGCGUCGAGAACUAUCGAUCUGGUUCUGUUUCCGGAAUCGUUACUGGGCUAGAUUGGGUCAUCAGCCAGGUUGCAGCUUCUGGCAGGCCGUCGAUCGUAUCUUUGUCCCUUGGCGGGAGUGCUAGCACACCUCUCGACAACGCUAUUGCCGCAGUCGCAGCUGGUAAUUCCAACGCCAAUGCUGCUAACUACUCCCCUGCACGGGCACCUAGCGCAGUGACUGUCGGCGCUUCCACUAUUCUCGACGAGCGUGCUUCGUUUUCAAACUACGGCCCAAUUGUGGACAUUUUCGCACCUGGACUCAACGUUCUUAGCUCAUGGAUUGGUGGUACCACUGCAACUCCCCACGUUGCUGGUCUUAUUGCGUACCUGAUCAGCAAGGAGGGUAACCUGUCUCCUGCAGAAAUGUCCGCCAAGCUGCAAACCUACAGCGUCAAGGGCGCUCUGACUGGUCUUCCUUCUACCACCCUGAACUAUCUUGCGCAGAACGCCGCUCUGGAGGCAUGA